UUUAGUGAUGUGAAUGGGGCUCCUCUGAUAGAAGCACAGUUCUCAGUGAGUCCUAAGCUGGUUUUACUCUUUAGUUGAACUUUAGCUAGCUAACUAGCUAACGAACAUCUCCAGAAGCGAGCAGAGCGUCUCCUGCAUGAUGUCAGCUGUGUGAAAAACAUGCCUCUCCUCUCAUCAUCCGCUGUGAAAUGAAGGACUGAUUCAGCGGGCAGGAGAAUGACAGCAGCCGGCUAGCUGCUGAAAACUCCCUGGAAUUAUCGGACCACUUUCCUUUGAACGAGCCUGGAUUUGUGAAUGGAAACGAACCUGAACAAAUACAUUAAAGCACCCUGUGGCUGAAAGCGCCGGCGUUCAUUUUAUAACACGAGAGUAGCAUGCUAGACGUGGGAAAGUGGCCAGUGUUUGCACUUCUGCCUCCUGAGGAACUGCGACUCAUCCGCCAGGCCUGCGUGUUUGGCAGUGCUGCUAAUGAGGCGCUUUACGUUACUGUCAAUGAUGAGGUGUUCGCUCUGGGGACGAACUGCAGUGGCUGUUUGGGUCUGGGGGACAUGCAGAGCACCAUUGAGGCCAGGCGGAUAGAUUCCCUGUGUGGAAAGAAGAUUGUAUCUCUCAGCUAUGGCACAGGACCACAUGUGGUCAUUGCAACUGCAGAAGGAGAGGUCUUUGCGUGGGGCCACAACGGCUACAGCCAGCUGGGGAAUGGGACCACAAACCAUGGCCUGACCCCUGCCCUGGUCUCCACCAACCUUAUUAGCAAGAGAGUGACAGAAGUUGCUUGUGGGUCCCAUCACACCAUCGCACUUACCACUGAAGGAGAGGUGUUUGCUUGGGGCUACAACAACUCUGGCCAGGUGGGUUCAGGCUCCACAGCCAACCAGCCAACCCCACGGAGAGUCAGCAGCUGCCUUCAGAACAAGGUGGUGGUCAACAUUGCCUGCGGACAGCUCUGCUCCAUGGCUGUCCUGGACAACGGAGAGACCUACGGCUGGGGCUAUAACUGUAACGGACAGCUGGGUUUGGGCAAUAAUGGCAACCAGCAAACACCAUGCCGUAUCGCCGCUCUGCAGGGAGUCAACAUUGUACAGGUGGCCUGUGGCUAUGCACAUACACUGGCACUAACAGAUGAGGGAUUUGUUUACGCCUGGGGUGCCAACUCUUAUGGGCAACUAGGCACUGGAAACAAGAGCAAUCAAGCAUUACCCACACUCAUCAACACGGACAAGGAGAGAAUGGUGGAAGUAGCAGCAUGUCACACCAGCCACACGUCAGCUGCCAAGACGCAGAGCGGCCAGGUUCUGAUGUGGGGUCAGUGUCGCGGUCAGGCUGUUUCCUGCCCUCACAUCACGCACUUCUCCAGCACUGAUGACGUGUUUGCCUGCUUUGCCACCCCAGCCGUCACCUGGCGUCUUCUCACUGUGGAUGGAGAUGACUAUCUCACUGUGGCCCAAUCCCUCAAAAGAGAGUUUGACAGCCCAGAAAUCUCAGACCUGAAGUUCCUUGUUGAUGGGAAGUGCAUCCAUGUUCACAAAGCUCUGCUCAAAAUCAGGUGUGAGCAUUUCCGAGCACUGUUGAAUGAAACUGAUGAGGAGGCCAUAGAGAUCCAUCAGUUCUCCUACCUGGUGUACCGAGCCUUCCUGGAGUACCUCUACACAGACACAAUCAACUUGCCACCUGAGGAUGCCAUUGGUCUUCUGGAUCUUGCUACCUACUACAGAGAAACCCGCCUAAAGAGGUUGUGCCAGGAGACCAUCAAAAGAGGCAUUUCAGAAGAGAAUGCAAUCACACUGCUGUCUGCUGCUGUCAAGUAUGAAGCCCGGGAUCUAGAAGAGUUUUGUUUCAAAUUCUGCGUCAACCACCUGACCGCUGUCACGCAGACACAGGCCUUCGUCGACAUGGACCAUGACCUGCUGAAGAACUUCAUUAGCAAAGCCAGUCGCUAUGGGGCCUUCAAAAACUGAAAGAGCCGGACCAGGUGAGAGGGAAAUCUAUACAGAACAGCACUGGGCUGGCUUUUCCAGAACCACACAGAUUAUUUUAUAAAGAUAUGAAUGAUUGAUAUGAAAUGAACAUUCUUGGUUUGAAUGCGAAAAUCACGGAGGAACAAAAAAAAUCAGUAAACUGGCUGUCCAGUAGGCCCCAGUGUUUUAAAAGCUUCACUCCCACAAUGAGACCAAAAUGAAUCCAAGAAAAAAAAAGGGCUAAAGAGUUGAAGGCCUCUCAGUUAGGGAAGCCAAAAAUAGUACAAAAGGGACAUGGAUGUGGGCUUGAUCUGUGAGGACCUCUGCACUUCACAAAGGUAUUUCGUGGUUGCUAUUAAAGGGAUUAAUGACUUUUAUUAAGGGAAGAACAUUCCACUGGUGCAGAGAAGCAGACAAAGUCUAAUGUGACUUUCCAUGAGCAUCACCACACUAUAUAGGUGCUUGGUAUCCAACAUCUAAAGGAACAUGUUUUUUUCUCCAGCAGUAGAGAAAAGCAAUGAAAGAGAAUGAAAAGAAUGGCAAAUGAAAGUAGCCAUGGGUUUGAGUAGGAAUGUUGUCACUCUUUAUAGAACUGACAAGGAUGUGUUUAAAGUAGAAUUAAAUGCAUUUUAUUGUACCGAUAUCGAUACAUCUGUAAUACAAAAUGUAAUUUGGAGGAUUUUUUUUUUUGGUUUAGCUUCUUCAGAUUGCUUUACUUGUUACAGUUUAUGAUGAGUUAUAUCCUUCAUAAAAUUUAAAUAUAUUUGUUUUAUGUUCAUAACAACUUCUGGAGAGCUUAAUCAUGAUGAGAUAAUGGUGCAAACAUCUGAAAUAGCCUCUGUAAGGUUAUUAUUGUUUACGUUUGAGUUAGCGAGGAUUUAACCACCACUAACCACGUAGCACUAAAGCUAAUUGCUGUUAUAAUGGAGUUACAUUUUUUUUUAUUUUCCUUUUCUUUUGUUGAGAUGCGCCAUGUUAUUUUUUCAAAUUAUUGAGUUUGACCUACCAAAAGCCAUGAGACAGGAACUACUAUGGUUUGGGGUCUUCUGCAUUAAAUGUGGAUGUGAUCUCUGCCAGAGUUACUUCAAGCCAGAUGCGGCCGCUCAUGAUCUUCCAUGACAGACAUUGCUGGUGCAAAUGUGAAUGUUUAAUGCCUUCACAACUUCAAAACUGGAAUAUACCAUUCCUCUGAAACCCAUAGUCACGCUUCCGAACUCCCGAAAGUUCAUGUGUCCUUGCCAUGAGCACGCUGGCCAGUGUUCAGACAGACUUACAAGAUAAUACUUGACCAUUUACACAUCUCCUAAGGUAACACAUCAUGAUCAAUUUACAAACUGCUGUCCCAUUACUUUUGGCAUCUCUGUAUUUUCUAAUUCUAAUCUUUUUCAUUACUAGCAGUAACAUGGUUAUUCUUUGCUAAUUUGUACAUUUUAAUGUUUUGCACCAUUUUGUUGUUUUAUAUGUCAGAACAGUCAGUAUUUGAGGCUUGUGUAUUACCGUUAUUUUGCACCUGUUAAUGUUUUAUAUGCACUAUAAUCACUCCUUUUAUAAUGGACUCUGGAGAAUAUGGAGAUAAGAUAUGAAUCUGUAGGUCGUGUUUACAUUGGAAAGAGAUAAGAGCCGUGUGUGCUCUUUGGGUUACUUAUUAACUGUUUGGGAGCAGCUGAAACAGUUGCUCAUAUAAUGUUUAGUUACUGAAAGGAAGUCCUUAUUUAGAAUUUUUAAGACUACCUUAGCACAUUCUGUUACUCUGGAAUAAUUAGAAGAUUACAUAAUCGGCGUAGUUUGUGUAAAUAAAACUAUGUAUUGUGAAAGUUAUGUCUUACAGUACGUGUUCACUAGCAUUUAGGCCUCAAUGCAUCCUAUUAAUUUCAAUGGAGAGAGCCGCCGCAUGCAGAACUCAACUUUAUUCAAAUGAACCCAGCCGCAGCGCUGCGUCCAGCCAAUCGGAGAACAGCAGGCUGCGACGUCACACACAUACCAGCCUCACACACACAAAUGGGCCUUUCAACCACGGAAGAGAAUCUAAAAAAAAAUGGCAGAAUAUGAAUUUAUAGAACUAUAGAUUAUAGUGAGGUUGAUUUAAAAAUGUAAAAUCUAAAAUUUAUGACUGCCUACUUCUGUUGCUUCAUUUGAAUUAUAAAAGGUCAUGAACACGCCCACAAGGAGAGCCGAGAGAUUUUGCACAGCAGAAUACAUUGAAGAAAAGUGCUAGUGGACACGUAUAGUUAUCUUAACAUCCUCAGCUGCCCCAUUUUAAUCUGAACUGAGCAUGAACAUUAACUGAAAUUAUCAAAGAUAUUAAGAGAGUGAAGUUCUUAAGUAUUUGGACAAUUACAUCCAUAUUCACAAAGUCCUUUCAAUUUCAGAGCUGAAAAAAAUGAAUAAAUUAAUAUAAUUUAAACAAUAAUUUUUUUUUUUUAACACUUGAAUGCGUAUACAUCAUGAAUUAACAAAGAAACAUGGCACUUUUGGACAUGAAACAUCUAAUCAGACAAGACAACGGACCCUGAAAAAUGUGGCUGUAAUUUCUGAGAGGGUAAUGAACUUAAACUUUGCACCUUUGCAUCUUUUUUUGGUUUACAGGGACAGAAUCAUGAAAAUGGUAUUGUCCAAAUACUUAUGGACCUAACUAUAAGUUACGUUAAGUUUUCAGCGGUUUUGUUUACAGUUAAGUUCUUGCCUUCACCUCUAAGGGCAAGAACUUAGUUACACGAUUUCUCCUAAAAUGGAUUUAUAGUUUUGUUUUUUUUGUUUUUUUUUUAACCCCAGUAAUGAUCAGUUAGUCAAUAGCUUACUGGCACUGUUGUUCCAGUCGGUUGACAAGAAAUUGUAUGCUGACUCCCAUUGUCGAAACACUCAAACCCAUACUGACAACAGCUUCUUUAUGUCACACUGGAAAAAAAUCUGUUGUACUGUUACACUCAAUGUUGAAAUAAAAAUUCUGAAAUUA